CCUGCCACCACCAUGCCACUUCACCAUUUACAGGAAGCGGUCAGCCUACUAUAUUUGCUCAUCACUUCAGUAUUGGCUCUACAACCCAACUUCCACAAUGUCAACUUUACCCAAAUACAGGAAGGCAGAAGACCUGCUCGCAGUGUCUCGCCCUGGGAAUACUUCCCUCUUCUGCCCCAGAACAUCCAUGACUCGCUGGAACCUGAACAUACUGGAAAGUCCGAGCGUGACGUCCACAUACCGGAGUUCCGGCCACUGUGUCAGAUAGUUCGCCGCAGAGUGGAGCUAAAGGAAUUAUAUGGCGAUGAGGACUAUGAGUACAGGCCACCCCACUACUUUGAGAGCAUUUGCAAGGGUCCUAACCAGCGAACCCCAGGCUUUCUCUCUCCCAACAAUUUGGUGUGCGUGUACCCAGGGUUCUCGUGCGUUCAGAGGUCUCAGACCAUCUAUCUAACUCGCCGUAGGUAUGACUCCAAUUGCUGGGAGACCUUCACUCGCACCAUUGCCUCCAACUGUGAGUGUAUGUGGCCUGUACAAUCUCUGGGCGAGGUUGCUCACCACUACUGACACUACCAUGUUAAUAAACAGCUCUUUUAAACAGUA